UUGGAAUUCAAGCAAACAUGCUGUGUGGCACCACAAUGCGCGGGGCCGGUGGCGCCCUCGCAUGGGCCCGGCGUACGAUGUCCUCAAUCAGCCCACGACAUCUCGCAUCACUUGAAGCAGAGGUCCUUCAAUCGCUCAAGCAGGUUCAAGACGACUUGGUGGGUCAAGACUUGAUCACGCUUGGCCGUGUCAAAAACUUGCAAAUCACGGAAGAGCAUGCUGUGUCAUGCACGAUUGACUCUCCGUCUCCUGUGUUGUUGCAGAACCAAGAGUGGAUCACGCAAGCCACGGACCGCAUCAAAGCGUUGCCGUGGGUUCAGAACGCAGACGUGACUCUAUUGCACCCGACCCCACGCAACAUCCAAGCGAAUCGCUCGUCGUCCCUGGCGAAUGUCGGCAAUAUCAUUGCCGUGUCCAGUUGCAAAGGCGGCGUCGGCAAGUCCACCGUCGCUGUCAAUUUGGCAUUUGCUCUGAAGAAGCGCGGGGCCCGCGUCGGCAUCCUCGAUGCAGACAUCUACGGCCCUAGUCUACCAUCAAUGAUCUCGCCGCAAGACGUUGCUAUUCGAAAGUCGACGGCAAAUCCGAACUUCGUGCGACCUGUGCUGUUUGAGGGUGUGCAAUGCAUGUCGUUUGGGUUUGUAAAUAGCAAGGCUGCGCCUGGCGCUGGAGGCAAAGGCGCGGCAGUCAUGCGGGGGGCGAUGGUGUCCAAGGUCAUCGAUCAGCUCGUGCUUGGGACCGAAUGGGGAGUCCUCGACUACUUGGUCAUCGAUAUGCCGCCUGGCACAGGCGACAUCCACAUGUCGCUGGCGCAGCAAGUCGCGAUCACGACCGCCGUCAUCGUGACAACACCGCAAAAGCUCAGCUUUGUCGAUGUGGAAAAGGGCAUUUCCAUGUUCGAAGACCUCAAGGUGCCGACGUCGGCCGUCGUCGAAAACAUGUCGUAUUUUGACUGUAUCCACGGCCACCGCCACUAUCCUUUCGGCAAGGGCUACCUCGACACGCUGCAAUCGCGGUACAGCAUCCCGUACACGUUCCAGUUGCCGAUGGCCGAUGCCAUGAACGAAAGCGUCGACUCUGGCAGUCCUCUGGUACUGACCGACGCGCUGCCGGGCAUGACGGCCGUCUACGAUGGGUUAGCGACCACUGUAGCGGAAGAAUGCGUCAAACUCAAGCACUUGGCCCGUGUGGCCCCCGAGCUCUUGUUCGACAAGACACGCGGGAUGGUGCUGCGCUUCUUCACCACGGAAAGUGCUCAAGAAACAGUCUUGUCCCCCGUGGAUCUCCGUGCGAGAUGCCGAUGUGCCCAAUGCAUUGAAGAAUUUACGGGAAAGCAGAUCUUGGACCCAGCUACGAUUCCAGACGACAUUCGACCCACAGCGGUCCAGAGGAAGGGAAACUACGCAUUUGCUGUCGUGUGGAGCGAUGGCCACUCUUCGUCAUUGUACACAUUCGAGCAUUUGCGGCAACUGGCCAAGGAUGUCCAAUCUGACUGAGGGGAUCUCGGGGUCACGCUUCCGAGGCAAUGGGGUCGAAUGAACGUGUUCUACAUCAGCGCCGUGUUUAAAAGCAAUGAUUAACAGAACCGAUCCUGAAGUUAGGUGC